AUGCAGAACGUAACAGAGAACAUCAUGGGAACUCUCCUACCUCCACAGGCUCCGUCCAACGUUGUUCAGCGAAGUAAGAACCAACGUUAUGGCAAGAAGAAGAGCACAACCUAUCUGGGACUGAUUGCUUAUGUCAUUCAGGACUCUCCAGACAAGAUGCUCACAUUUACUCAGUUGAUGGACAAGUUGGGAGCUUUCCUCUCAGGAGACAGAAAAGGCAUCGAGAACAACAUCAGGGUCUGCUUAUCAUCCAACGAUUGUUUUGUCAAGGUUCCAGUCAGUCCAUAUAUGCCACACUCAAAAAAGAACUUCUGGAAAUUCGACGAGAGUCAAAUAACAGCGAAGAUGGCAAGACGCCACUUCAAGGGCAUACUGGACUUGUUCCCCGAGUUGUCCACCAAAGUGCGAAUGGAGGCAGAACAGAUAUCAGAGCGCUCUGCCGCGGUCUUCUCACCAAAACCAACCCUCGCCAGGCCUCAAAUGCAGAACAAUAAUGAGGUGAACUUUAGCAGUCCUUUCUCCAUCGAAUCCAUCUUGAAAUACUCCAGACCCAACGCUGCUCCUCGUUUUGCCGACCCACCGCGUAACUGUUAUUUGAAGUACCCUGUGCCCAGGUACGCUUGUGAUGCUCACCAUUUUGGAUUGUAA